AUGGCGACCAUUCCCCAAUCCAGUCGUAGGCGUUCGGCAUCCCAACGGAUCUUUGAUCGACCUGCCGACUUGCACCUCGCCUGGUCCGCGAGUCAAGAAGCGGCGAUGCUCAGAUCGUAUCAGUCACCUGGCCCGUCUGUUCACUCGCGCUUCACCGACACACAUUCUAUAAAGUCUCUACCGAGCACAACAAGACCAUCUCAUCCAUACAGCAGCUUCCUCCCUUCCAGCGACGACGAAGGUGCCAGUACGGAUACUCCUCCAACAUCAUCCGCUUCCACCGACUACUUUGCCCGAUCCGUUGAGACCGCUGCGAAAAGCUUGCUGCUCAAGAGCGGACAUCUGACGUGGCGCAGCUCGACAGAUAAGCCCAGCAGGCGAGGUGCUCUCAGCGGCUUCGAAAAGGCCCUCCGACGAAGACAAGCCGCCAAAGACCGCAUCCACAUCAAAGACCCGGACGUGUUUGUCACUCUCGAGCAGAAUUUCCCCUGCAAUGACGACUUUGCGCCAACUCACAAGCCGUGGAACCUUCGCAGCUUUUCAUCCGAGCCCUUUCUCGCCAGCCCCGACGCGCGCGAUCCGUCUGCCUUCGAAGCCGACCGGCUGUUCUCGAGACCGCGAGGCGUGGGCUCAGAGCAGAGUCGAUGGAUCGCGCCUCCGAGCUGGGGCGUGGCAGCUACGUCUCCGUCUCCAAGCGACUCGAGGUCCUCGGCAUCAUCCGAGGCGCCGCAGACGCCGAGGUCUGUUCCACCGUGCACCUCUGAGGCAGGCGGGAUCCUCCUCAGCCUCUACUCGCAGGACUCAGUGAAGCUUCGUUCCACAUCGCAACGAAAUUUGCAGAUGCGACUGCGAGUCACACGGUCAAGCACGGUCGAGAUGCAGUCGUGUCCCUCCGACGCAGCGAACGACGAACCGGUUCAGAUCCGACAUAAGCAGCUCGUGAUCACUGGCGAGGCCUUGGGACUUUCUCGACCGCACGAUCUAGAUCUCGUCUCGUCGGAUCCGUAUAGCCGGCGACCGACGAAUGCAGUCUGCAUCGUGAGCUCGGCAAACGUGACCGACCUGUGCGAGUGGCAGCGUGCCCUCGAGGGUGCGAUCGACCGAGGUCGUUCUGCCUACCGCGAUCGUUUCGAGCGGCGACGAUCGAGUGCAUCCAUGUUGGACACGAUCGCGCUAUUCGAGCAGCUACAAGAUCGAACGCGCGAAGAGUGGUGUUUGGAUACCACCACGCCGAUGUUAGGCGCCUCUUCCUCCUUGCCCUCGCUCGAACCGUCUUCGACGCGCGAAGCAACCGAGUCGGACUUCUCCGCUUCCGCCUUUAUCGACUACUACGCCUCCCCCACCACCACAACCACCACCGCGUCGACACCGUACAGCUUCAAAGAUGCGUAUCUGAGCAUCAUGCGUCGGUACGCGGACAGCGAGCUCACGUCGCCCCUCGCCAGUGGCCCGCGGUCCGGAAGGCUCGACGUGCCCGUGUCGCCAUGCAGCUUCGAUUUCGAAGACGACGAGGACGAAUCCCCGUGCAGCCCGCUCGACCCAUGGCUACCGCAACGUGCGGCAAAGGGAUCGAUCAGCUCCGCCAGCAGCAACUCGUAUGCGGAUGAGACCGUCCGGCAGAUCUUUGCGGAGGGCUUCAGAUGUUGA